AAGGGAAAAAAAUGGAUGACUUGAAAUACUUAACAAAACCUAGCUCAACGAGGAGGGAAACAGUUAUAACUUACAACUCGGUGACGGAAUUCCUUUCGCUUUAACUCACUUUCAAACAACUCUGUCACCCUUUCCUCAAAUGGCCACCAAAGCCUUCUCCGUACCCUUCGCUGACGUCACCAACAGCGUCAGCUUCCCCUUCGCUCCUAAACCCCCAACCGCAUCUCCGAGACACUGCGUUUUCUCACUUACUUGCUCUGCCGGUAAGGGUGAGAGGCCUUGGAAAACUUCGGAUGCAAGGCUUGUGCUUCAAGAUGGUUCAAUCUGGAAUGCCAAAUCAUUUGGCGCUUCUGGAACCCAAGUUGGUGAAGUUGUUUUCAAUACAUCAUUGACUGGUUAUCAAGAAAUUUUGACGGAUCCUAGUUAUGCUGGUCAGUUUGUGCUCAUGACAAAUCCGCAUAUUGGGAAUACCGGUGUAAAUUUUGAUGAUGAGGAAUCAAGACGGUGCUUCCUUUCUGGUCUAGUUAUUCGGAGUUUGAGUAUCAGUACAUCAAAUUGGAGAUGUGUUAAAGCACUUGGUGAUUACUUAGUGGAAAGGAACAUCAUGGGAAUCUAUGAUGUUGACACGCGUGCAAUUACACGAAGAUUGAGACAAGAUGGCAGUCUUAUUGGUGUCUUGAGCACUGAUAAUUCUAAAACAGAACAGGAACUACUGCAGAUAUCUCAGUCGUGGAACAUUGUUGGUAUUGAUCUAAUAAGCGGCGUCUCAUGCAUGUCUCCACUUGAAUGGAUUGAUAAAACAGAAGAUGAAUGGGAAUUCCAUCCAAAUAAAGAUCCAGCCGGAGAAACUUUCCAUGUAGUUGCUUAUGAUUUUGGGAUUAAGCAUAAUAUACUUAGGCGCUUAGCAUCAUACAGAUGUAAAAUUACAGUUGUGCCGUCUACAUGGCCAGCAUCAGAAACUUUGAAGAUAAAGCCAGAUGGGGUCAUCAUUUUAAGCAAUGGCCCUGGAGAUCCAUCUGCCAUUCCUUAUGCUGUUGAAACUGUAAAGAAUAUUCUUGGAAAGGUGCCUGUUUUUGGAAUUUGCAUGGGCCAUCAAUUGUUAGGCCAGGCUUUAGGUGGCAAGACCUUCAAGAUGAAAUUUGGUCACCAUGGAGGAAACCAUCCUGUUCGCAACCUGAGAACUGGCCAUGUUGAAAUUAGUGCUCAGAACCACAACUAUGCGGUGGACCCUGCCACAUUGCCAAAGGGGGUGGAGGUUACACAUAUCAAUCUUAAUGAUGGAAGCUGUGCUGGUCUAGCCUUUCCUUCUCAAAGAGUUUUGUCCCUUCAAUACCACCCUGAAGCAUCCCCUGGACCUCAUGAUUCUGACUAUGCUUUUAGAGAGUUUGUGCAGUUAAUGAUGCAGGAUAGAAAGAAAGCUAAUAAAAGUCUAAAACUGGCAGCAGCGCAAGCUUCGGAUGCAUAGGUGCUUUCUAGUGUUGGCGGCAAGAAUUAGGGUAUCUUCAUAAAAUGUCAUUUUGGUCCAUUGUUUUUGAAGAUGUCUAGGAAGUAGGAAUUGAGUUUUCGUCUUUCGUGUCUUUCUAUAACAAGGCCAAGCUACAAGCAAGUGAGAAUUAACGUAUUCAUCGUAGCAACACUAGCAACCACCAAAGUUUUGCUAGGCAUUUGCAACAGAUUAACAUUUGUCUUGCAACCCAAUGUAGCAAUGCCUACGUUAAAAAAAAAUU